CAGCUGGCGGGCCGGAACAACCGAAGCCCGAAUCAAUCCCACUAGGAAGGAAGCUUGGCAACGGAAUGGCUGGCAUAAUAUCGAAACUUAAGAGUGGUGUGACGAACAACAACCCGCCGCCACUCGAAAGCAACCCCAUCAUGCAAUAUUUCGAAGUAGGAAAGGAGAUCAGUACAGCUGGGCAUGGACUUCUUUGGAGAGUGCACGACGCUUAUCGCAAAAGCGAUGGCAAGGAAUGCUCCGUGUUCAUAUUUGACAAACGCAUCGCAGAGAAAGUGUUCAAAGUGAAACGUAAAGAAACCAUGUUGGAUCGUAUCCGAGGAUGUGUAACAUUAUUGGAGAAGAUGCGACAUCCAAAGAUGUUACAAAUAAUUCACUCGAUAGAAGAAGGUCACAACACCAUAGCGUUUGCAUGCGAACCAGUUCUUGCAAGUCUGCACAACAUAUUAGCAUGGCAUGAAUCAAUAGUGAUACCGGGAGCGCAGCCUCCAGUAAUGCCUCACCCGAUAUCCCUCGGGCCACCGAGCUCUCAUCAACAGCAGUUCAACGCUCCCACCCAGAGACCGCCGUAUGCGAAAGAGUACUACUUUUUGGACAUUGAACUCCGUUACGGAUUGCUUCAAGUGGUGGAAGCGCUACACUACUUGCAUUACACUACACACCAGAUACAUCGCAAUGUGUGCCCGCAGGUAAUCAUUGUGACCAAGCGAGGCACUUGGAAAUUAUUCGGACUAGAAUUUAUUGAAAACAUCGUGGGAUCGGACCCUACCGAGAUGAUGACAGUGGCUCCUUGGUCAAUUAAAGUGGCUAAAAUCUCUCAGCCCAACUUGGAUUUCUUGGCACCUGAAGUACAGACAAAUGGACAGUGCAACAUUCUGUCGGAUAUGUUCUCACUUGGAUUGGUGAUCUGCGCUAUAUUCAACAACGGCAAGGCGCUGCUUCAGGCAAACAACAACCCUAUGCUGUAUAUGAAACAAAUCGAAUAUUUGGACCAUCAACUCAAUGCUGUGUUGCCCCGUGUCCCCGCCGCGCUUCAAGAAGCAGUUCAACGCCUGCUGUCCAGAGACCCACACCCUCGCCCUACUACUCAGCUGCUACCAUUGAUAAAGUACUUCAAAUGUCAGAGUGAGCCUGCCAUACAUGCGAUGCAGUUCCUGGAUGUGAUCACUAUGAAGGAUCCUAAUCAGAAGACCAACUUCUACCGUGGCACUCUAAUCGAUGCAUUACCAUAUAUACCGAAGAAAUUACGCUGGCAACACGUCUGGCCUGCCCUGCAACUCGAAGUGCGUACUGCAGAAGUGCUUGCUGCUGUUCUUCAACCUAUUAUAUGGCUUACCAACGAAGCUUCACAGGAUGAAUUCACGCACUACGUCAUGCCGACGUUGAAAAUUUGUUUUAGAAACCUGAUGAAUUCGCCUAAAAGCAUUCAAGCUUCGGUAACCAUACUGGAGAAUCUGCAUAUCAUCUUAAAAAAAUGCCAAAAGGACGAAAUAAAUAACGAAAUAAUGCCAUUACUCUAUAAUGCACUUGAUAACAAUACCAACCAAAUACAAACCGCCUCCUUAAUUGCCAUUCAGAACGUCUCUGAUUACAUAGACGACAAAGCUUUACAGAGUAUUGUAUUGGCAAAAAUAAAAAUCGUUCUCGAAAAAAAUCAGAACGAUGUUAAAAUAAUAAGCCUGAUUUUGGGAUUCUAUGAAAAGAUUCUUCUACGUCUGGAGAGAGGGCAUAUUUUAGAUCAUGUGAUACCAACACUCCUUGCAAUGAGACUUACUGAUCCGGAUAUCGUUAACAGAGUUGUCAUACUGUACAAGGCGAUGUUGGUCGAAAGAAAAUUUAGCCUAAGCACUGGUGUCAUGGCUACAAAGAUGAUACCAUCGUUGGCCCCGCAGACCGUUAACACUUCUCUAAACGUCGAUCAAUUCACCAAUCUAAUGGAGAUUCUUUAUGAUAUGCUGGAUAACAUCGACAAACAUCAAAGGUAUAGGCUGAGAAUAGACGGUAUUUCGCUACCCAGUCCAGACAAACAUCGCCAACUUCGGCAUCAGAUGAGUACAGAUAACAUGCAUGCUCCGCCAUUCAAUAUUCCAAAUCUGCGUGUGGAACAGCGUAAAACUUCCAGUGCAGAAGACAUGGCUCGUAAAAAUUCCAUCAGUGGCCCUAGUGGAACUGGUAGUGUAGGAGGUUUCAGAAAUACGGGAAUUGGCCAAUGGUUCUUCGGUUCGAGUAACUCUACAAAUAACGAUAAUAACUUCUUACGAGUAGCAAAUGCAUUCCCGAACCGCCGUCUUUCGGAUAAUACACUGAUGACACCUAAGAUUCGCAUCGCACCAUCAUGCGCUUCGUCCCCUGGAGGGACUCCAGGAGGUAGCACCGGAUUACCUGCGCGUCGACACUCCAGCAUUGGCCCUCAAGAACGCCGUGGUUCGGCAGUCAAUUUAUCACCACCUACUGGCUACCAGUUCAGGGGAAGAGGCGGGUCAGGCUCGAGCCUGUCCGUGCCUUCAGCGUCACAAUGCGUUGGAGGUUCCAUGCCUAACACCUCAUCGAGUGUGCCAUUCCUGCUGUCGUCUUCGAUGCAGUCUAUUCGUUCGCGGCGCCCAUCUGCUUGCCUCAGCAACUCCCAGGGCUCAGGUCUGCUGCAGCAAUUAAGCAGCGGCAUGUACCAGCUGUUUUCCGGGCGUUAAUAAGAGAUUUGAUUAACGUUAGAGCCGCGUAGCGUAUUCGAGAGCGGCUCGGCACAAGCGGCGCGGCCGCAACACCGCAGCUCGCCGCUCGCCGCCCGUCCGCGCUUCGCCGACGGACGCUGAUCUGAACUGAUCCAUGAGCUUCUUAUCACUUAAAGGGAUUAAAAUUUAACUAUGUUUAAUUCAAACUAUAUCGCCAAAUUAGAGUAGAAACAUGUAAGUGUUAAGCAUCGGCCUAAAAUUAUUCUGAGGAUUUGUCUAAAUCAAGAAGAACGAAACAUGAAGAUAUUUUAUGGGGAAAACGUAGGAAUGCAUUGCAUGCUGUUACACCUUUAAUACUUACUAAGGCGGUCUGAUAAUACUGACCACCUACCAUAGUACUGUGCAUCUUGUAUCAAAAUGUUUACUUUGAAAUUUGCAAGCUAAUUCUCAUCUUAGUACUUUUGUAAAAAAUAUUUGUAAUCAGAUUACUGUAAAAAUACAUUCUUGAUCGUUAUCUAAUUCAGGCACGUCAAAAUAGAUAAAACUAGUGAAUGAUAUUUAAAUACAUGUUGCAUUAUUGAUAUGUCUUUAUUGGUUCACAGUGAUCACACAUCCAAUGCACUAUCUUCCUUCUCAUUGUAUUAUGAGAUUUACGCUUUUGUAUGCACUGAAUUCACAUCUUUACAUUUAAAAGAGUACUUAACUUCAGGUUCAAUAUAUUAAUAGGAGUCAAAUUAAACGUUAACGUAAUGCAUUAUACAAUAAUCUUGAGGGAAUCAUCAUUUUAAGGAGAUUUAGUACGACAAAAAUAAUGUAGGUAAUUUAUUUUUGAGAUACCUAUCUUAUAUUGCAUUAUAAACACUUUGACGUCAUAAAGUUAAUAUAUUAUAAUCUAUAAAUGCUAGUGUGUUGUCCUUGAUGGAUUAGAGAAUAGUGAAUGGUGUAAGCCAUAGAAUAUCAGUAUGUAAUAAUUUAAUGAAACUAGAUUUCAUUGAUCGCGUAAAAUUAGUUCGCGACUUUACUUAAAAUUAAAUAAAAAUGUGAUAGGAUUUCAAUGUGUAUCAUUAGGUACAUAAAUCUGAAGUGAGAAGGGUGCCAAACACUAUAAAAUUUAAUUUAUGUGAUACAUCUAAGUCAAAUAAGUUUGACUAAAAAUAUUCGAAAUAAUAUAUUUUCUUACAAUUAGGAAUCAUAUUUUCGAAAAUCUAUUUACGUAUUUCAAUAAAAUAUUUACUCCAUUUUGUUUAUUUCAAUAAUUAAAUUUAAAUAUAUAUAUUAGAAACGUUUGUUAAAAUCUAAUGUUUUAUCUAGUCUGUCGUUAAACGAUAGACAAUAAUUAGAAAAAAAUUAUCAUUUUGAAAAACAUCAUAGAUGUUGCACCAGUUAAUUACUUACUACUUAGAGCUCUAAAAACAAGGGCGCUAUUAGUAACAGAAGAAACAACACAUCCGUAAUAGCCGUCAUCAUCAUAGCCAUUAUCAUUAAAUUCUUGCCAGCCUCUUUAUUAAGCUAUAUAUGCAUAAUUUAUGUGCCAAUCAGUGGCCAAUAUGCAGCAGCGGACAUUGAGUUGCGAAAAUGAUGAUUACGAAGAGUUACAUACUUUGGCAGAUUUAGGCAGACACUUUAAUAUCCACUAAUUGAAAAAUACCCAGCGGUGUGAUAUUAAUGUGUUAUUAUCACACUUUAAAAUAUUUACAUAUUUUUAUAAAUUCAAAUGCGGAACUAAAUACAUACCUUAUACUCGUAGAGUAGAAAAAUACCAACAAUUGUCAUAUGUAGAUACUAAGGCUUUAUAAAAGCAAUCUUCAAAGUACCUUUGAAUACUUUCAUAAAUUUACUGCGACUUUCUAUAUAUGUACUUAUAUAUUACUUGUAAUUCGUUGUGUUCAAUAAACAACUCGAUUAUGAAUCGCGCGCAAAAAGUGUCCAAUUCCAAUCUCUCAACAGCUAAUAGGCAAAAAUUGCAUACAAUAUUAAAAGAUUAUAUUUUUUAAAUAACUAUUGAUAGUUAAUAAUAUAAAAUAUUGUUACACAUUGCUUAAUAUAUAUUAAAAAACUUUUACUUUAUGUACACAACAGCUCUUGGGCACUUUUUGUAGUUGUUUGUGAUUGUAGAUAUAUCUAGUUUCUUUAUAACACGAUAGAUUAAUGUAAACUUUCCAAACACAUCCAUAUCCAGUACCUAUUUUAAAGUAAUUGCUAUAAAAUUCCUAUAUAUUUUUCUGAAUAUUUUAAAUAGUAAUGAAAAUAUAUUUUCACAAUUUUUACAAUAGUUUCCUGUUAAUUCAAUAGUUUAUAACGUCAUGAAAACAUAAAAAUUA